UAAGACCCGAUCGCCCAGACGGCCAAGGUGUUAGCCACAGAGGCAUGACAAGUAAUUAAGAGAACCAUAAUUCUCCACCGCUGACCUGUCAUACUACGACGGCCCAGGUCUCUUGAAUUCGACCCGUGGAAAGACGGAAAACCCUAAACAUGCUUUCUCUCUUGCUUCUUGAGCCGAACCACACUCUUGAAAUCUCGGCGGCGUAGGCGUAGCGAACCACCGUGAGCUCUCUGCCUCUCCAUUUUCUAUUCUCCUCUCCUCUCUUCUUUGAUUUUCAAAUGCUAUCAUCUUAUGUGUAUGGAGCUAACAAAUGUGGUUGGUGCGUGUUUUGUUUGAAUGCUGCUUACGAAGAAGAUUGUUAAGAAGCGAGUUAAGAAGUUCAAGAGGCCACAAAGUGACCGCAAGAUCUCUGUCAAGACAAGCUGGCGCAGACCAAAGGGUAUUGAUUCUCGUGUUUGAAGAAAGUUCAAGGGAUGUACUCUGAUGCCCAAUAUUGGUUAUGGUUCUGACAAGAAGACUCGUCAUUAUCUUCCAAACUGCUUCAAGGAAUUUGUUGUCCACAAUGUCAAAGAGCUAGAGGUGUUGAUGAUGCACAACAGGACUUACUGCGCUGAGAUAGCACAUAAUGUGUCAACAAGGAAGAGGAAAGAGAUUGUGGAGCGAGCGCAGCUUGAUGUUGUUGUAACUAACAAGCUCGCGAGGUUGCGUAGCCAGGAGGAUGAAUGAAGAACAGAGUCUGUGUUGAGGAGGGAGGAAUUAUUUUCCAUGUGAAGUAUGCGAAUUUUGCUGUUUUACAGUCUCUGUAACAUGGUAAAUUAUGAUAUUCUCUGAUAGCAAUACUACAUUUGUUGCCCAUCUGUGCUGUGGCUGGCGCUUUCCUCCCCUUGUAUUACUUUGUAGGGUUGCCGAGAUGAAAGUCAGAUGGUGUUUUCCCUCCGUAAAUAGUCUUGAGUAUCAUUGAAAAUGGAGGAGCUUCGGUUCUCAAAAGGAAACAUUGGUUUACUUAACUGGCUGAAUUUAAUAUAUUUCAGGCAAAUGAAAUUCAACUCUA